AUGCUCAUGAACGCCAUCCUUCGCUGCUGCUUUCCUUGUCAAUGUUUUUUUUUUUGGGUUCGGACCCCAAAAAAACCAAACUGGACCAUAGAGAAUGGUUCUCUAUGGUCCAGUUCUGGGUUCAGGCAUUUUGUAGAACCAAACCAAUGGUCUGGUUCUUGGUUCUCAUCUAGGACCCUCCAAACCAGACCGAACUGGACCAUGGCAGCACUACUGACAAUACCUCAUGAAUUCAAGCCAUUCUUACGUGAGGGUGACUGUGCUAUCACAGCUACUGAUGCAUAUUCUCUCGCCUACAAUGGUCAACUUGUUUUCACUUCACCCAACAUGAGUUUCAUUCCAAAACUAUACAACAAUCCUUCCAAUAUCAUGCAAGCAAGGGUGUGGGAUUACAUUGCGAGUAGAGUAUUUUUCACUGUCCUUUACAUCUUGUAUACUACUUGUAUCUAUACUAUAACUUCGCUAAUAGAAAGUAACUGGUCCACUCUGCUAUUCGACCCUAAAGGGUUUCUGGACCAGGCUCAAGGCUCAGAGGAGAGGAAAUGUCAUGAAAAACUACUGAGGACUCAGACUCAUACUGGUACUGGUGAAAAGGUAACUUUUUUAUGUAAGAACUGUCUCUGCAAGCCUAGCCAGGAAUCAGUUCCUACACCGCAUAAUGAACAUAAGUAUUUUGCAUUUGACCCUAAAGGGGAAGCUAGUGCAGCAAAGGUCUAG